CAUGGCGCUUCCGCUUCGCCUCCUCGGCCGCCUCGCCGGCGGCGGCGGAAGGCGGCGCCUCGCGACGCCGCUGUCCGUGCUCCGCCACCACCUCUCCGCCUAUCCAAGCCCCGCGACCGUCCCCGCUCCUCCGCUCCCGUUGCCCCCCCGCGUGCCGCUGCUCCCAUUCGCGGUCCCCGCGCGCAGCUUCUCCUGGUACUCCCGCUCGUCGCCGCCGUCGGAGAAGGCUCCCGAAGAGGAGGUGCACGCCGAGGGGGAAGGCGUCUACCUGCGCGACGCGGGUAGCGUUGAUUACGCGGAGGUGGUCGCCAGCACCGCAAGUGCCUCGUCGGAUGCCGUCGGAGUAGCCGCCGGCGGCGAUGGCGGCGGCAGCUCGUUGGGGUUUGCUGUCACCUCACUGAUCGACCUCCUCGACGGAUUCCAUAGUCUCACCGGGAUCCCAUGGUGGAUAACAAUUUCUCUGUCAACUGUGGCCAUGAGACUGUUGAUACUUCCAGUACUUAUAACACAAAUUAAGAAGGUUGCUAGGAUUGGUGAACUGUUACCAGAAUUGCCUCCUCCACUCCCUCCUCCUCUAUCAGGAAGGAGCUUUCGUGACCAGUUCUCUCUCUAUCAGAAGAAAAGGCGAGAACUUGGUUGCCCCUCCUUUCUUUGGAAUUGGGCCUACUUUUCAGUCCAGUUCCCGUUCUUUAUACUGUGGAUGUCAACAAUACGGACUAUGUGCUUGAGUAAUCACCCUGGACUAGAUAAUGGCGGUAUUCUGUGGUUUCAUAACUUGACCGAAUUUUCACAUGGUUCUUCAGGCCUUGUUUUUCCUACCCUAGUUGCAGGUCUCCAUUACUUAAAUGUUCAGAUUUCCUUUCAUGGAACCCAGACCAAGCAUUAUCCAGGUAUUUUUGGCAUACUGGCAAAGUACUUCAGGGUAUACCUUGAGAUCCUGACUAUCCCUUUAUUUCUAAUUGGAUAUGUCGUUCCUCAGGGUAGCCUGGUCUACUGGACUACAAAUGGUUUCAUUACUGUAGCUCAGCAAUUAUCCCUCAGAAAUGAUGCUGUCAAGAAGAUGUUGGGAUUGCCUGAUGCUGGUGUUCACCAAAAGUCUCCUCGUGUGGGUCAUAAGAUGAUGCAGCAAUGGCCCCUUGAAGAUGCUGGCAUGCAUACUAAUUUGACAUCACCUGAUAAUGAAAUUGCCAAUAAAAUUUUGGAAGGAAAAGUAUCUGAGUCCACUUCACCUGAAGAGCUUCUUGAACAAGCGUUACAACAUUUGGAAAAUGGAUGUCAGGAUCAAGCUAUCCCACUGAUUAGAACAGCAAUAGAGAAAGACCCAAAUCUUUAUGUAGCAUUGAUUGGUAUGGGACAAGCAUUGUUCUCAAACAAAUUGUUUCCUGAAGCCACAGUGUGUUUUGAACAUGCUAUACCGAAGAUUGAAGAGCAGGAUCCACUUCUUGUGCUUGCAUGCUAUUGUGCAGGCCUUUCGCGAAUGCAGCAGGGUGACAAUAAAAUGGCAAUCGAAAUCCUCCAGAGAUUAUCAGAACUAAAGGAACCGGAAAAAGAUAUUAACAAAAAAUGCUAUUUCCAAGGACUGGUCAUUCUAGGAAGUAUACUAAUUAAUGAGGGACGGAAAUCUGAGGCUGUCAAAUUCGUGCAACGAGCAGCUGCCUAUGAUCCUGAUUUCGAGAUAUAUCUGAAACAAUGUGAUGAAACAACAGAAGAUUAUAGGAAAUCAGAACACUGAGUUGCGAGAAACUUUGAUGAGAGUCAGCCAUUUUAGAUGUGUUUCGUUCCUUUUUUGACAAACAAUAAAAUUUUACACCACAAUUUACACAAUACCAAUCAUAUGUACUCUGAAUGCUAUAAAAGUCUGCAGUUAUGACCAGGAAUAUGGGUGCAUCAAAUUUGUAAAGUAAAGCAGGCGGUAUGUACGUCUACUCAGCAUUUGAUCUGAGCACCUUUUCCUGGAACUUCGUUUCGUGUAUGAACUUGAAACUUGUUCUGUCUUGACUCAUAAGAAGAGGAUAAGAGGAAUUAUAGAACAUAUUAGA